AUGGUCAACCAUGCAAAGUCAGAACGCGUCAAGCGGCAUGUGCGCAGCCGCAAUCAAGAGCACAAGAUCACACAAGCUCUGGCCAAAUGGCAGCAGGAACAGGAGAAACCAAGCCGCCUUGGGAGACCCAAAUCUAUUGAAACUAUCGCCCGAGAACAUGGGGUAUCCUAUGGUACCCUACACCGUCGUACAAAAGGAGGAAAGAGUCGCAGUGAAGCAAGCGAGAAGAAACAGAGACUAACGGCGGCUCAAGAGUGGUCCCUUGUGCAAUUCAUAUGCGAAUCAGCAGACAUGGGUCUUCCACUAUCUCAUCGGCAGAUUGAAGAAUAUGUAAACGGUGUCCGACAGGCUAUACACGGAACAGACUGUGACUUGGUGGGAAAGCAGUGGGUCUUUGCAUUCCUGGACCGCCACCACGACAACCUGCAGACACAUUGGAGCAAAUCUCUUGAUUCCCAACGCGCCAAGAGCCUGAAUCCGACGGCGGUGAAGUCAUGGGUGGAUUUGGUGAAGAAGCACAUUGUCGACAUGAGAGUGGAGCCAGAUUGCAUCUAUGGGAUGGAUGAGAGCGGCUUCCCGACAGGAUACACAGGCAAGGAAAGAGUGGUGGGCACGAGGGGGACAAAAACUCAGCACAAGCAGGGUGGUGCAAGUCGGCAGAACAUCACCACACUGGUGACAAUUCGUGGGGAUGGAAAGAUGGUCGUGCCGCCGAUGGUGAUCUUCCCAGGUGCCAAUUUCCAGUCUUCAUGGAACAAGGGUAACACUAUCAACGCCUUUAUCUCUCGUUCUCUCAGUGGCUGGACUGACCACGACCUUGGAUAUGAAUGGCUUUCGAAGGUUUUUGAGCCCUCAACUGGGGCAAAUGGGAGAACACGAGUGCUCCUGCUCGACGGUCACAGCUCACACUACAGUGAGAAGUUCCUUGCCUUUGCCCGUGAACACAAGAUUGUCCUCCUUGGGUAUCCACCCCACUGCACCCAUCGACUCCAAGGCCUUGAUGUCGUAUGUUUCUCAAAGAUGAAGGAGUGCUGGAAACGCGGGAUUGUGGAUUUUGAAGCAAGGAACAAGUGCGAUGUGGCAAAGGCAGACUUCAUGACGGUUUGGGCUCCAGCCUACAAGGAAGCGUUUGAUGAGGAAACAGUGCGAGCAGCAUUUCGAGUUACAGGAAUCGUACCAUUCAACCCCGACUUCGUCACUGCUGAAGACAUGGCACCCAGUCAGGCAUCGUCUACGCGUGGCGAGUUCCCAAUGCCCCAGCCUAGCCCCGUCCGCCGUAUCACCCAGGCCAUGGCUUUGCACCCACCAACACGCCUGGAGCAAAGCGCAGGCUUGCUCGAUCCUCCAUCCCCGUGUACCCCUGCGCGUUGUCUGGGAGACGAUGACAAUCACAACAAAAAUGGCAGCCCAACCCUGUGGACUCCAUCAAAGAAGAUGCGGUCCUUGUAUGCGCACUUGGGAGCCUCAUCGUCUGGUUCACUACUGCUGAGCACGCCCAAGAUCACUUCCCGCACUAAUCCCAUCUCCGAGCCGGUCAUUGAGUCCAUGCCUAGAUCGCUACUGGCACCCGAUUGGUCGUUGGCUGGUCCAAGUUUGGGAGAUAGCAGCUGGAAGUCAAGGGGUCAGCUCGAGGCAGAAGGAGAGGAGCUGCGGACACACCUCAAACGGGCUGAGAUGCGGGAACGAAUUCAUGAGCAGAUGCUCCAGAGCGCGCAUGCCACUAUGAUCCUUCAAAACAUGACUUUGAAGAAGACAAAUCAGGCCCUACACUUGCGGGAGGAGCGUGCAACAAAUGAACGGGCACGGCUUUUCAAAGGCCAAGCACAAUGCCUCUCGUCUGAUGACUUUUUCAACGAAGUUCAAGCAUUGAACACAGAGAAGGAGAACAAGAACGCAGAGAGGGAGAAGCGGAAGGCAAUGCGGAAGGAUAAGAGGACUGCAAAAGCUGCGCUCGAGGAGGAGUGGGCCGGGAUCAAGAAGGAUCAUGCAGCCAAGGUGGCAGCAUGGGAGCAGAAAUGCACGGAUUUGAAGCAGACGGGAUUCAAGAAGAAAGACCUGCCACCAAAACCCAAGUGCCCGCCCAAGCCACGGCUGCCAGAGGACGGGGAUGACGACGAGGACGAGGAUGACGAACAAGAUCAAGCUGACGAAGCGUGA